AGAAGAAGAAGCGCGUGCGUGACUAUUUUAUCCGGUACUGUGGCGAACGAGCGCGUGGGGGACACGAAAGACAUACAAAUUCUCAUUUACAAAUACUGACAACGAAACGCACACAGGAGGGGAAAAUAAUUUAAAGUAGCAAUUUUCUCAUUUUAAAGCAGGAUUUCCAUGGCAGGACCGAUUGAUCAGGCCAAAAUGAAGUUUUCGAGAAUCGUCAACAGUCGCUCAUACACUCGGUUUAAUCAAUCUCAGAAUCCUGAUGGAGAGAGCAGCCGUGUGGAGGUGAAGCUUGGUGUGGAUGGUGAGGAGGAAAUAGAUGGAAUGGAACAAGAACACAUGCAACGUGACACGUACACAAAAUCAAGUCGUUCUGGGCCAUUGAACAAGUGGAGGAUUCUGGUUUGGGUGGGUGGAGUGCUGGUCAUCUUCUGCAUAGGGUUGCUCAUUGGAUAUUCUGUCCACCGCAAGUCUGCGUCUGCAUCUGAGUCUGAGUCUGAGUCUGAGUCUGCGUCUGCUUCCUGCUCACCGAGAGAUGGUGUGAUCAACGAUAACACUGAAGUUCCACUAAAUUAUCCACCUUCUUUGGAUUGGAGUGAACUUGUUACACUUUUCAGUGAUAAAUUGUCAUCUAACGCCAUUGCGGAUAAAUUAAACCAACUAGAGUAUCCCCGCACUGACCGUCAAGCAGGAUCAUCUGCAGAUACCAAGUUAGCUGAUGAUAUCCAUGAUAUUUUCACACAACUGAAAAUGCAGCCCUGGGUUGAUGAACACUACGUGAAGCUGCAGUUUCCAAACAGCUCCAAUCCAAACAAAGUGUUGUUUGGUGGAGUGGAGAUCGGACGUCCUAAAGGGUUUCUGGCUUACAGUGAAACUGGCCGUAGGGAGGGCAGAGUGGUGUACGCCAACUAUGGUGAGCUUUCUGACCUGGAGAGUGAAGAAUGCAGACCGAUUCUGAAUGGAUCUGUUGUGCUGAUGAGAGCUGGAAAAAUCAGCAUGGCUCAGAAGGUUAUGAAUGCAGCUAAAAUGGGUGCCGUAGCAGCUUUAAUCUACCCAGACACUGCUGACUAUAAAACAGCAUCUUCAAAUACUGAACUUUAUGGUCAUGUCCAUCUGGGAUCAGGUGAUCCUUACACCCCAGGAUUCCCAUCCUUUUUUCACACACAGUUUUCUCCUGUCAAGUCCUCUGGCCUUUCAGGAAUACUUGCCCAGACAAUCACUGCUAACAUGGCACAGUCAAUUUUUGAAAAAAUGGGCGGAAAAGAUGCCCCCACAAGAUUUAAGGGUGGCUUACUGACUUCUUACAAGUUGGGAAGUGAAAGUGACAAAGUAACCGUCGAAGUUAAUAAUAAUCUUGCAGACUCCAAGAUCCAUAAUGUUUUUGGAGUCAUCAGAGGAUACGUGGAUCCUGAUCGUUAUGUCAUGAUUGGAGCGCAGAGAGACUCCCUGAGUUUGGGAUAUGCCAAGGCUACAGUUGGAACUACUCUUCUGCUGGAACUUGCGAGGGUUUUCGCAGAGUUGAAAAAAGAUGGUUUCAAACCCAAGCGAAGUGUUGUGUUUGCCAGCUGGACAGCAGGGGAUUUUGGAAAUGUUGGAGUUACUGAAUGGCUUGAGGGGUACUGGUCAUCACUGGACAGAAAAGCCUUUACUUACAUCAGUUUGGAUGGUGUUGUUACUGGUGCAGAUUCUUUUAGAGCUUCUGCCAGUCCUUUGUUGCACACCCUUCUGCAGAAGACCCUGGGAAAGAUCAAAAACCCAAGCACAAACUUAAAUCUUCUCCAGAGUGGUUUGUCAUCAAUUCUGGCGCCCAUGCAGAUGGAUGACAGUGCAUAUCCUUUCCUGGCCCUCUCUGGAAUCCCAUCCGUUUCUUUCGGGUUCAUCUCUUCUGCUAAACAGUUUUUAGGCACAGAUCUGGAUGAAAAAGAUAAUUUGGACCGCACCACCAAUAAUAAAGUGGUUGAGUUGUCCAUGGUUGCUGCUCAGGUUGCUGGGCAGAUGGCCCUUCGGCUCGUCCAUGACCACAUCCUCAGACUAGAUGUUGUCAAGUAUUCUGAUGUGAUUGCCAGCCACGUGAGCGCCAUAACCAAGCGCAUUGACACUCUUAAAGCUUACAAGGUCGAUAAAAUUGAGUCUUUGUCAACGAAGUGGCUGAAUGAGGCAAGGAGCUCCUACGUUCGUGCUGCAGCCUCUCUAAAAACUGACAUAGAGAAUACCGACCUGAAUGACUUGGAGAUGUGUCGCAUAAUCAAUAACCGCAUAAUGAGGGUGGAGCAUGAUUUUCUCUCUCCUUAUGUCUCUUCGAGAGAUGUCCCGUUCCGCCACAUUUUCUUUGGUGACGGCUGGCAAACCUCCACAGACCUGGAAAAGUACUUGGGUGAUGUACAAGAGAAUAAGACAAGCUUGAACAUAGACGAGGUUCUAAACAAGUUCGCUCUACUCACUUGGACCAUCCAGGGCUGUGCUAAUGACCUGGCUGGAGAUAUCUGGUCCUUGGACAACGAGCUAUAGAGAUUUUUUUUGUUCGUUUUUUUUCACCGUUGCAUCAGCCAACAUUGUCAUCGGUUUUGCUUGAAAGCAUUUCUAGAUACACAAAUAUAAUCCUGGCACUAUGAAGUAGAUUUUGAUUUGAUUUGGAAGAAUGAAUUUUGACCAAGCAUAUCUUAAAAAUGUAUGCUAUGACAACUUUAAAUUCAAGUUUGGAAGUUCUUUAAUUAAAUUAAGAACUAUAGUGAGAUAGUAAAUGUCUUAUUGGAUUAUAUAUAUCUCUAUAUAAUAUUACAUUAUUAUUGCAGGACUAGGGGUUAUACAAUAAUACAAUAUUUAAUAGAUAAAGAAAUCAGAGCACAAGACCAUCAACUUUGCUCCUCUGCAAAUUGUUCUAACGUGCAUGUCAUUUUUGGUUUAACUUGAAAAUGUUUUUCUCAUCCAUGACUUAUCAAUUGCACAUGUUAAGUAAAUCUUGUCCUUGGCUGCUAUUUGGGAAUUUUAGUCCUUUUUCGCACUUCAUAUAAAACCCCAGCUCAGCCCCUGUGACCAACUGAGGACCAUACUGUAUUUAUUUCUUAUUUAUUUAUCAGUGACAGUGUUCACUAUAAAGUGUCUUCUUUUUUUUUAAUUAUCGGAAGCAGUGCCUUCCAUAAUUGUGACGGUUAUACUGUCAGUUCUAAAAAGCAGCAUCUGCUAACAGAAAUACAUGUUACCAACAGCUGGCAUUAGAAAUGUCUCUUGUUACAGGUGCUUGAGGAAAUAAGCUCAAAAGCACCUGUUUUAAAAUUACGGCGCAGUUCCUCUUCUUUAAAGAAAAAAAAAAAAAAAAAAAAAAGGUUUUUUUUUUUUUUUUUUUAAGAAGAAAAGUUGUUAAAAUUUAUACUUGAGCAUAAAGCCAUUUAACAACAUGGCCUGGUUCCUUUUAUAUUAAACUGUCUUUUUUGUUGUUAUCAUUUGUUUAAAGCAAUUUGAUAAAUUGGCAAAGCUAGUUUUCAUUUGGACCAAAUUUUGUGGGCUCAAGCAUUUUUGUGACAACAGCAUUUCUCUGUAACAUUUAUAUUUCUAUUCUAAAUCCAUUAUCGGGAGCAGUGUCUUCCAUAAUGUGGAGUGUUCGAAGGUAGUUUUUGCCUACCGGCGUGUAUAUAUCGAGGACAGUGAUCCUCAUAUUUCACUGUAGGGUGGAUCAAAUUAUCGGGAACAGUGUUUCCCAUAGUUUUGUAAAUAUUUAUUUUUCAUUAUCAUGUGUUAUGUGUGGCUUUUUCCUGCUUUGUAAUAACUAUUUCAAAGAUUUGUUACAUCUAGUCAUGCCUGUUGUUUUUCAAGGUCUGGGUUUAAGAUUUCACUUUUCUGACCUGUUCCUGUUUCCAAAAAAUUAUAUUCACUGUGUAGUUUGUAGAGAGGCUUUUUCAGAGGUUUGAAUUGAUUCCUUAUUUCUCUACCUGUUUCUUUUCUUUUCACAAUAAGGCAGGUGUUAGAAAAGAGGAUGUGGUCCUAUUGCAUAAAGAUUAGGAUUUGAUGUAUGACUGAUAUAGCUAACUGCUGAUUUUUACAAUGGUUUCAUGUUUGAAGGCAUUUCACUUUUGGUGGACAGGUUUUGCAAGUUUGUGUGUGUGUUGCAUACUCGUCUGCAACUGUCUUUUUUCCUCCUUGUGGCACUUACCAGAAAGUUACAGAACAUGAUUGGUCUUUCAUAGCAUGUAGAUGUGCAUGAAAUAAAUCUAAACAUCACAGAUUGUUAAUUACAAAGCAACGUGAAUGUGAUGGCUAAAUAAAGUUACUAGACAUUUAAAUUUGUGCGACUACACUGUUAGCUCUAGACAAGCCAAAAUCAUAUCAAAAUGAAUAGGCAGUAAAAUUGAUUAUUCUGAUAUGUCUAGAUGUGUUGGGAUUAUAAGUUAAAACUAUUUGAUUGCUGUUGAUUGUUAGAACUGAUGUUUGUAUCCAAUAUCUGUCAACCUAUGGUCUGUAAUAAACUCUGGCAUUUGAAGUAUGUU